AUGAAUCGUCUUUCGGUGUCAAGCCUCAUGUCUCCCCCCGAGACCAAGCCAAUGGAAAGUUUCUCGGCACUCUCGCCGUUUGCAAAGCCGCAGACCGCAUCGGGGGACAUGACGCUGCCUCCAAUCGCAACUGAUCGAAAGCGCACUCAGUCAGAAAUGAAUCUCCCCUCGCCACCGGUGACCCCGUACACCGGGAACAAGAAACGAGAUUCACCAUCUGACCACAUAGAAGGAGGAUCAACCAGAGAUCCCGUUCUAUUCCCCACGCAGGACUCAACUACUGACGCCAAUGAGGAGCCGUUGUUUGGCCCCGCGCCAUCGGCCGAGGCCUUGGUCGACCGCCAUAUUGACUCGCACAUGGCAUUGUUUCGAAACAAAGUAAACAAGCCCACCCGAGAGGAGUACCUGUUGGCGCUGUCAUGUGUGCCCAUCGUCUCGACCCAGUACAACCGCAACCCAGCGGCCUGGGCGCGGGAGGAACGGGCCACCCUGGAGCGGCAGAUGGUGAUGAUGAACCGAUAUCGCCCGGAUCAAGAACCUAAGUUGAAGAGAAUUGCCCCCGCCCCAGUGAAGAAAGCAGGAGCCCAACCGCGGACUCAGCAGCGACCCAGAGUCCGACGCACCCCUAAGUCCACCCCCAAACAGCAGAUCCUCGAUGUCUUUGACUCCCCCCCGGCGACUAAGCCGCGGACUCUGGGGACCAAUCGGGAUGACACCGAUUAUCACUCACUGAUGGACUAUUCCCCACCACUGGACACCCUGGGCAGCAAUGUCAAGGCCCUGAAAGCGGACUGGAAAGGGCAGAUGCUAGAUCUGAGCAGCGAUGUGGACAAGCACAUGCUCAGUCCCGCUGAAAUCAACCUGGCUUCCACCCUCCGUCUGUCCUGUGCCACAUACCUCUGCAGCAAGCGUCGGAUCUUUGAAGCCCGAGUGCGAGCGCUAGGUGUGGGCAAAGAGUUCCGCAAGACAGAUGCCCAACAGGCCUGCAAGAUUGACGUCAAUAAGGCGAGCAAGCUGUGGACCGCCUAUGAACGGGUGGGUUGGUUCAAGCCUGAAUAUUUCAACCAAUAUUUGAAGUGA